AUGUGUUGGGAUAUGGAGCUUUUAGAGGAUUUAUUUGAGCCCAGAGAUGUGGAUCUCAUUUGUAAAAUUUCGCUGCCUGCGUUGCCAGAACUGGGUACAUGGUAUUGGUCUUUUGAAACUUUUGGUGGAUAUUCGGUAAGGAGUGCCUAUCGUGCUUUACAAGUGUGUAAUGGAAGAUGGAAUAUGCAGGAUAAUUCUGGUUUUUGGAGAAAGUUUUGGUACUUGAAACUUCCUCCAAUAGUUAAGAAUUUGCUUUGGAGGGCUCUUACCAAUUGUCUUCCAACUCUAGUCUCUCUUAAAACUAAGCGGGUUCAUGUUUACAAUAUUUGUUGUAUGUGUAAUUUUGAACCCGAAACCACUUUUCAUAUUAUGGCUGGUUGUUCUUUUACUAAAGCUUGUUUGGAGCGAGAUUUGGGUCUACUUGUUAAUAAUGGGGAUGAGGAGUUUGGUGGCUGGUUUGAGGAUUUCUGUAACACUCAUUUGGCUAAGAAUAUUGAGAAGCUGGCAAUGAUUCUUUGGAGUGUUUGGGGGGCCCGUAAUGAUUUACUUUGGAAUGAUAAGGUUACUUUUGUGGAAAAAGUUGUUUCAUCUGCAAUUACGUACCUUGAACUUUGGAAAUUUGCUCAAAACAACAAUGGAGGAGUUUCAUCUUUUUCUGGUCAGCUUCUUGCUGGUAUUGAGCUGUGGAUUAAACCGUCUUUGGGAGAGUUGAAGGUUAAUUGUGAUGUUGCUCUUUUUUCUAGAGAGAGGAGUCAUGGGUUGGGGUGGAUUGCUAGAGAUCAUGCUGGUUUGUGUUUUGCUGCUGCUGCUGUCAAACUUCGAGGUGAAAUUGACCCUGUUGUUGCUGAGGCGUUGUCAAUGAAAGAGACUUUGAGUUGGGUUAAAUCAUGCUGGGAAGAAGGCAGGGCUGCUGAGGACUUUUAUCCUACAGCGGUGGUUACGGAGUCAGAUUGUCUUGUGUUGGUUAAUGCUAUCAAUAGCAAGAGCCAAAUUCGUUCUCCUCUUGGUCUUAUUAUUUUGGAUUGUAUUAAUCUUAUACGGUCCUUUUCUAGUUUUCAUAUUUCUGUUCAGUUUGUUAAACGAUCUGGGAACCAAGCGGCAAACUGGUUAGCUCGUUCUUCUGGUUCAUGUCCUGAUCGUAUUUCCAGUCAGGGGUCUGUCCCUUCUGGUUUGGAAACUAUUUUAUUAGCUAAUUUGCUUUAA